ACAUACCUUGUUGCUUGCACAAUGUUUUGUUUCCCACUAGAGGAAAAUCAUGAAUAAAUCUAAACCAAAACCAAAUGCAAUGAAAGUGAGCCCAGAAUAUUUAAUACAACGUGAAACACAAGGCCUGAGCGAACCCCAACGAAACCUAGGUGCUCUGCCCACUAUUCUUUUGUUCGGCUCUAUUCGCUUUCCCGGAAACGAUCCAGAACCGUCAAUUGACACAUGUCUACCCCCUUGUCGUCGCUUUCAAUCUCCACAAGACCACAACGCAUCUCUAACUCGCUUCUCCGCCAAUCUUUUUAUCAACCUUCCGAUUCCUCUUCCCUUUCAUUGGUUCAUCUUCAUGCUCUAAGAAUUUAAAAAAAAAAAAAACAUUGGUUCCUCAGAGGCUCUGCAAUUUGCACUUGUCACCCAUCCAAUUGCUACAACAACCACCGUCUAUUGCUCAUGGAGAUGCUUCGCUACACCACUGCGUCAUUGUGAGAGAGAUAAUAACGAAGCCAGCCUGGUUUCAUUCCCCUCCUCAUCCCUUAUCUCUACCCCUUGUGUCUUAAUCAUCAAUACCCUUAUCUCUCUGAUUUUUCACCAAAUUUGUCUGCUUCUUUCCUUCCUUGAAAUCUCUUGAGGUACCUUAUCGCAAACCCCUUCAACCCCCCUCCUCGAUUUGCGCCGAAUUAUUAAAUCACGGGAGUGAAUUUUCGUUGAAGGGGCGGGCUUGGUUUUGGUUUUUCUUGUAUUCCUUUCUUCUUUAAAAUUCCUUUUCGUCUGCUUGAUUUUCAAUAUUCUCUUUUCCCGUUGUUAUGUUUUUGGUUCUAUCUUUUUACGAUAUCUUGGAAAACCCCAAAAUAUCGGGAGUAUGUACAGGGAUGAUUCUGUUUCUGGGUCCUAUUUGGGUCGCAUUUUUGGCUGGUGUUGUGGUCGGAUGGGUUUGGAAACCGAAAUGGGCUAGUCUGGGGAGAGAAGAAUUAAGCUGUUCUCUGGCCAAAUCCUUGGAAUGGUGCUCCCUGUCGCCGCCGCCCUCCAAGCAAGUAUUUUCGUCUCUCAAUGGUUCUGAAUUGCAGCCGUCAAAUCCACAAUCUAUGGUCGUCGAUAAAGGCUUGAGUAAAUUGCCAUUCUCUUCGCCGCCUCCAGAAUAUGAUACCUGCAGCAGUGCGUCCACCAUCAAUGAAGAUGCAUCUAAUACUAUCAUAUUGGAGGAUUUACAGCAUCUGUGGCAGCUUGUAGAGGUAAAAGAUGGAGGCCCUCCUUGGAUACAGAUGAUGGAUCGUUCCACACCUAACAUGAGUUACCAAGCCUGGCGAAGAGAUCCCAAGGAAGGCCCUCCUCAAUAUCGAAGCAGAACUAUCUUUGAAGAUGCCACCCCGGAGGUAGUGAGGGACUUCUUCUUGGAUGAUGAGUUUCGUCCCAGGUGGGAUGACAUGCUUGCGAAUGCAACUACCUUAGAAGAAUGCCCCACUACAGGAACCACAAAAGUUCAGUGGAUACGGAAGUUUCCGUUUUUCUGUAAAGACAGAGAAUACAUAAUUGCUCGACGAGUGUGGGAAUCAGGAAGAUCAUACUAUUGUGUGACAAAGGGAGUAGAUUGUCCCUCUAUCCCAAAACGAGAUAAACCAAGACGUGUUGAUGUCUAUUACUCAAGCUGGUGCAUUCGCGCAGUGGAAUCCCAAAGAGCCCAGGGCCAGUUGACUGCCUGUGAAGUUAUGCUUUUCCAUCACGAAGAGAUGGGCAUCCCAUGGGAAAUUGCAAAGCUUGGAGUACGCAAAGGGAUGUGGACAUUAGUCCAGAAGAUUGAACCCGGCUUGCGUGCCUACCAACAAGCAAGAGUUGCUGGGGAGCCAAUUUCUCGGUCAGCCUUUAUGGCACGGAUCAACACUAAGAUUAGUCCAUCAUACCUGCAAUCCUUAGGAGCCUCAGAUGAACAAUUUGAAACCCAGAGUUUGACGGCGUCGGAGAAACCUCAAGGCAUGAACAUACCAAGGAUGCUCAUAAUCGGUGGAGCUAUUGCCCUUGCUUGUAGUCUUGAUAAGGGACUGGUGACUAAGACACUUAUAUUUGGCGUGGCAAGAAGAUUUGGUAAUCUAGGAAGGAGAACGAAAGUCUAGCACUAGAAUUAGUCUCUGGAAUCCUGUUUCUGGAGACGAAUGAUAGUCUCUCUAGUUAUCCCUUGAUCAGGGUAUUCUUAGAAAAUUGAGAGGUUCUAUAUUGGGUCAAAACUAUUAUGGAACCUCUUGUUUUUCUAGUUGGACCGUGAAAAACUUAUUGGUCCAGGAUAUGAAGGCAACAUAUGGUGUAUAUACUCGGUAGUAGGUAGCAACAUGAGAGUCGAUUUUUUUUAUUAUUUUCUUCUGCAAUACCAUAGUUUUACUUUUAUAAAUCUGCAAUAAUGCAACAAAUCCGUAAUGUUCACUUUGUUAA